UCUAAUCAUAGGCUUAUAAUCCACGCCGACUACUCCUAAUCUGGUUAGUCAAGCGCUACGUGCCCUGCAUUCUAUUUGAUUAAACUUCCCUCCCUCCUACUUUUUCUCCAAGUCGGCAGUGCUCCUCAUAAUAACCCAACAUGCCAAACACCCCAAUAUCCUUCGACAGAAAUGGCCUCUACAUUCUAGUCUCCGACAUCGGCUCCGACAUUCAAUUCCACUGGGCAUUCUACCUUGUCCAAAGCCGGGGCCAAGGAAUCAUGUUUCAUGUGAUCAACAGCCUCGAGACGGGCAAUCAAUGGCAGUAUCAAACGAAGCCUAUUAUCGGGACUCCAUAUUCACUGAACUUACUGAUCGCUGUAAAGAUCGCGGUGAUGGACCCUGCAUUGCAUCGCGCUCUGGCAGAUCGCCUCGCUGCUGUUCCUGAUACCCCGCCCAUCACUUGUCGCUUGUGGCUCAAACGAGCACUGCUUGAACUUGAUGAGGAGGGGUACAUUCAACUCACGGGGAAGGUUGAUGAUAUCGAACAGGAGGCACUUAUUGAGGCGGCAGAGAAUCAGCCACGGAGGAUACGUACUGGGCUUUGUAGUCGGUAUUGUGUUGUUUAGCAUAUUCAUCGAAUUUCGCUUCAAAGGUAGGUUACCCUAUCGAUUGCUUCCAUAUUUGGAGAUAUCCAGCGAAGGGAUGAGGGCUAGAUUUAUACUUUCCGUGCCGGAUUGAUGCCUCAGGCCUUUAACGUGGUGCAACCUUGAAGUUCAAAUUGAAUUUCAUCCCCACACCUUAACAAGGUCCA